CUCACGGCAGUGCGGCGCGCACGUGAUUUUCUUACCGCGUCUGUUCAGAGUUUCAGACGUCGUGGUCGUUGUACCGCUCUUCCGCUCAUCCAUUUAAGUUUUGUUUACCAACUAUCAUUCUCCGUUAUAACUUGCAACUUUACAAGUUAUAACACCAUUUUCAAAAAUGGAUUCCACAGGUACUUCGCCGGUUGUUAAAAAAAAGAAAAGUAGAAAAUCUAAAGGUGUAUUAAUUGAUGAAAAAUCCUUGGGAGAAAUCCAGGCUGAAAUCCCUUUUUUUAUUAAGCCUUCUGAAAAAGCUGCUUCGAUUUCUUCUUCAAAAUGGCCUCUACUAUUGAAGGAUUUUGAUACAAUGAAUGUGCGAACAAAUCAUUACACUCCUUUGCCAUUUGGAUCAAAUCCCCUUCAAAGAGAAAUUAGAGAAUAUGUUAAAGCUGGUUAUAUUAAUUUGGAUAAACCAUCCAAUCCAAGUUCUCAUGAGGUAGUUGCUUGGAUUAAGCGAAUAUUAAAAGUGGAAAAAACGGGUCACUCCGGAACAUUAGAUCCCAAAACUUCAGGUGUAUUGGUUGUAUGCAUUGAAAGAGCAACACGACUUGUGAAAUCACAACAAUCUAGUGGAAAAGAAUAUAUUUCUGUAUUUAAACUUCAUAAUCCUGUUGAAAGUGUUCUUGAGAUUAAAAAAACAUUGGAAUCUUUGCGUGGAGCGCUUUUCCAACGUCCCCCUUUAAUUGCAGCUGUUAAACGUCAAUUACGUAUUCGUACUAUAUAUGAAAAUAAGCUAUUGGAUUAUGACGAGGAAUCAAAUGUUGGAGUGUUUUGGAUUAAGUGUGAGGCUGGUACUUACGUCAGAACAUUAUGUGUUCAUAUGGGCUUAAUGUUGGGGACUGGAGGCCAAAUGAUUGAGCUUAGAAGAAAUCGUUCUGGUAUUACUAGUGAAGAAGAAGGCCUUGCAACGUUGCAUGAUGUUUUGGAUGCACAGUGGAUGUAUGAGAAUAAUAAAGAUGAAUCGUAUUUAAGAAGAGUAGUCAGACCACUCGAAGGCAUACUUACAAAUUACAAACGUGUAUUUGUUAAAGAUAGUGCCAUAAAUGCAAUUUGCUAUGGAGCUAAAAUUAUGUUGCCUGGAUUACUACGGUAUGAUGAUGGCAUUGAACUAAACAUGGAAAUUGUUAUAGUUUCAACUAAAGGAGAAGCUAUAGCUUUAGGUGUUGCAUUGAUGACAACAGCUACAAUUUCAAGUUGCGAUCAUGGUAUUAUUGCCAAAAUCAAAAGAGUAUUAAUGGAUCGAGACACCUAUCCUCGUAAAUGGGGACUGGGACCAAUGGCUAGUACUAAAAAGAAUAUGAUAAAAGAAGGCUUAUUAGAUAAAUAUGGUAAACCAAAUGAAAAUACUCCAGAAAAUUGGAGACAAACAUUCUACAAAGAUAUAAUUGAAAAAUUGAAGACUGAAAAUGAAAGUGAAGAAAAUAGAAAAAGAAAACGACAGAGUACACCACCGGAAGAUGCACCUCCAAUAACUGAAGAAUUGAUUAAACCUAAAAAAGAAAAGAAAUCAAAGAAAGAAAAGAAAAUUAAGAAAGAAAAAAUAGAUACUAGCCAAACGGAAGAAGAUUAAUUGGAUAAAAUCUGACAACUGAAUGAU